AUGGCCAAGAACAAACAACAACAAGAAAAGCCGAGCCUUUCGUUCGAUGACAUGAUCAAAGCAGAUCGCCAAAAGCGCAAAGCAGAGAACCUCGCCCAGGAGAUCUUUGGCAAGAGUCGUCGCCAAAGUGCUCCCCAGAACAACUCCAACAACAAAAGAUCGCAAACGCCUGUGGGUGGAAGUCUGGCCAGUCGAGUCGGCAUCACAAAGCGCUCAUCUUCGGCCGCAUCCCUCCCAACUCUCGGCAAACAGCAUCAAAACCGUGGAGCUCAAAAGAACCGCAACAACCGUCAACAGCUUGGAGGUGCAGACACAAGAAGAGAUGCAGCAUACCAAACAGCAGCACAACAGGCUCCUCCUGCCUCAUUCAACAUCAAGCCGCGAUCAUUUGCGACCGUCGACAGCGAAAUAACAAUUCGCGGAGCCGCUGGUCCUUAUUGUGUCGUCGCCAGCAACUUUGCGCCAGGAACAACAGCUGCCGACAUUGAGAGUGUCAUGGCUCCAGUCGGCGGUGAAAUGUCUGGCUGUAAGUUGGUCUCUGCCUCGCCUACGGUGAUUGCAGAGAUGCUCUUCUUGGACAAGGCUGGUGCUGACAAUGUUAUCAACAUGUUCAAUGGCAAGAAGGCUGAUGGAAGGAUCUUGUGCGUCUACCUUAAGGAGGGAGGCCCAUCGCAAUCACUCCGUUCUUCUGCUACACCGCGCGUCGCUUCUCCAAUCGUCGUAACCCAACCAGAAAUCGCCCAAGAACAAGGAGCUGAGGAUACAAUGGAGAUUGAACAAACAUACCCAACCGAGCCCAGCCCUCUUCCACCCCACGAGCCUUCUCCACGUCCCGCUUACAACAACUCACGGCCCCGCGAUGGUAGAGCUUCCUACCGCGAAGAUUACGACCGUGGAAACCGCCAUGCGGAACCAGACUAUCAAGAUGGAAGAUAUGGUUUCAACGAGCAACGCUAUAACGAGCCGCGCUAUGAUGAUCGCCGUCCCAGAUACCGAGAUGAGGGUCGCAUGUACUCGGACGACAUGAUGCGUGGAGGUUCUCGUAGAGGUGGGGGAGGUCGCGGUGGUGGUCGCUACCGUGGAUAG